AUUUGAAAGGAGCUGAAUCAUACAUCGCACUUGGAUUCCCAGCAAUAUUCUGUUAACGUAUUGCUCAAACGUAUUCCCCCUUGAAUCUAGUCCCUUGCCUCCUCUCUGUCAUCAAUCAUGUCGGCCGAAUCAGCCUCUUCCAUCCAAAGAAAUCAGGUUGAUCUACUGGACUUUGUGAACUGGUCGGGCGUGGAAUGUUUAAAUCAAAACAGCAGUCACUGUCUUCCGAAUGCUCUCAAACGGGAUUACAGAGAAGACGAGGGUUUAAAUUUGGAGAGUGAUGCAGAUGAGCAGCUGUUGAUUUACAUUCCUUUUACUCAAGUUAUUAAACUACACUCUAUUGUCAUUAAAGGGCCUGAGGAGGAAGGUCCUAAAACUGUGAAACUUUUUGCCAACAAGGAGCAUAUGGGAUUCAGCAAUGUUAAUGACUACCCUCCUAGUGACACUGUUGUUUUGUCUGAGGAUGAUCUCAAGGGAAAACCAGUUAUCUUGAAGUAUGUUAAGUUUCAAAAUGUUCGCAGUUUAACAAUUUUCAUUGAGGAUAAUCAAUCUGGUUCUGAUAUUACAAAAGUUCAAAAGAUUGUUCUCUGUGGAACAACGGUGGAAACUACAGAUAUGAAAGGUUUAAAAAAGAUCGAGGAUCACUGAAUCCAUAAUUUGCCAGAGGAGAGAGAUUAUCUUUGCAUCUGAAAGCAUUUUUAGCAUCUCUUUCUCAUCAAAACAAAUGCAACGAGAUUUUUUCUUGUUAAAGAAAAAUCUAGGGAUAUACUUAAUACAAGGUUAUUUGUGGCAUUUGUAGUCUUUUCAAAUUUUCAUUCUAUGUUGAUUUUCUGUUUAUGUUAAUUGGAGACAAGUUGGUAGAAUAACUGUUUUUUGGUUUUAGCCUAUUUGUGGCAUCUUUGGUGAGGUAUAUUGGACAGAAUGGAAUUUGAUGUGCUGGUUUGAUUGGUUGCUCGAAGGGCUAUAUGCUUUGACCAACUGCCUUUGUUUUAGUGGAAAUUACUACGCAUGGUUGUUAUAUUAACAAUUAGUCGUGGUGGUGGAGCUAAAACUUUUACUUGGCGCACUAUUUACUACUAGUCCC